UCGACCGGUAUACAUCCGAGUGUGUUCUGUGCAUAGAGAAAUUUAUUAUUUUUGCUACGAGUUCCGUACAUUGUUUUCGAAUUGAUAUCACAAACGUAUACGUAAUUGUCCAAUAUAUCUCAAAUAUAUAAUUGUCCAAUAUAUAUAAAAAUUGCUAUGUAGCAAUUGCCUCGACCGUUACUUUAUGAUUCAAAGACGGCAAAUCGUUAUAAUAAUUUCUUCAAUCAAAACAUUUGUCAUAUUUGCAAGUCAGGAACACAAACAGUUACACCAGUCGCAACAUAUGCAAAUCUGCAUGGUGGUAAAAGAAUUAUUAAACAUGGACGCAGAAUUGGACACUCGUCGAUUAAGUAAGGAGAAAUGGAUUCAGUCGAGGAUGGAGUUGAUGCGUUUAAUUAUGGGAAAACUGUCGCGUAAUCUCGAAUUCCACGAGAUGGAUAUGAUCAUGUAUGCAAAAUCAUGUUGUAUUUGUCAUCAACAAACGAAUCUGCAAACGUGCACGUCGAGCUAUUCCUCCAGCUAUUGCAAUGAUCACGCGGAAAAAUUUCAAACCGUCCAUAGUUCCAAUUACUACAGUGAAUCGUUACAUCUCCUUUUAAAAACCGCAUUGAUAAACAACAUUUCAGAUUUAUUAAAAUUCACUCUUUUAUUUGAUACAUAUGAACCACUUAUAGAUAUGCAUGCAUUUGUUGAAAAACAUCUAAAAACAGGACCUUAUAAGGAAUUAAGUGAUACUGUGGUUGCUUUUAAUUACUUAUAUUCUGAAUUCGCAUCAGGACCACUUACGCUAUAUCAUGGGCUGCGGGAUACAAAAUUAUUUGAUUUUCUAGAUAUAGAAUGUUGUUAUUACGUUAUUCAUAUAAUAGGUGCAGACUAUUAUGGUAAAAAAUAUAUUCCACCUUGGGAGCUUUUCCUGCAUCUUUUGAAUCAUGUACAGCAUUUAACAAUUGUAUUGACAGAAAUGAAUUUUGGUAUAGCACAUUUUAAUAUCGACGUUUGUAGUCACUGCAGAGAACAUAACCGAAUAAUUAGCAUUGAGUAUUAUUCAAUGUCGUUUUGCGAGAGGAAGAGAGAAAGAAAGAGAGAGAGAGAAAGAGAGAGAGAGGAUAAUUUUAAAUAA